AUGUAUAUUGAACUACCCAGACGAAUAUGCUUUUACCGUUCCAGUAACCUUGACCGCAUAUGUCCCGCUCACGUAUCCGUCCAGUCUCUGCCAUCGCGCCACCCACGAUGUCCGUUCGUCAGCGAGCGCGAUCAGGCCCUCGAAUACUUGCGAUGUGCAUUCCUGAAUGGCAUCAGAGUUGUUGCGGAGGUUGAGGAAAGGUUCACAGUUGGGACAGCCGUCGCGCAUAAAUUUCUAGAGGUCGUUCGGGGGAGGGACGCGCACGCUGUGGAGUUGGAUGAUGGAGCAGACCAUGCAGGCGCGCAGGGUGCGCUGUUGACCGGAGGAGACGUAAAAGGACAUGCCGGUCGUGUUCGCGCCGUCGCGGGAUCAGGGAGAAGGUAA